GGCCAAUCAACUUGAUUUUGUUCUACAAUAAUGAUCAGCAAUAAACUAAAAUGUAUUUAGUCUUAAAAUUGUGUAGUUUUAUAUGUCAUUUAUCUUAAAGCUUGUUAAAUUAGUGGUGGUUUACAGUUAUUCAAGUGCCGAAAACUACUAUAUCCUGUAGUCUACAUGAGUGUUGAUGUCGAAGAAGCUAACGAAACACAACAACUGAUGCAGAAUGAGGGCGAGGAAGAUGAGGCGAAGAUCACGCAGUCCGCGACGUCGCCCGUAACCAGCAAUAAGAUGUCCAGCGGCGCCGCCAGCCUCACCUCGCGGACCCCGGGGCAGGCGUUCGCGAGCACAGGGAACAGCAUCAAUGAUUCAACAAAGGUAUCGAUUGUGAACGAGAGGCGACUCCAUCGGGACCUGAUGCGCUCCAACUACAGUAACAGGCCCAAACACAUACCCAAAGAAGCGCCAGAUGUAAAACAUAUGGAGAAAGCACUUCUUGGUUUGCUAGAUGAUUUUCACUCGGGGAAACUGAGCGCGUUCAGUGCUGGCUGCAGCAUGGAGCAGAUGAUCAACAUCAGAGACCAGCAGGAGCACUUGGCGCGGCUGCACUUCCGCCUCUGCGCCGACGUGGAAAAGCCAACAGAGGACAGUUUUGACAAAUCUACCUCCAGGUUUAAGAUGACACAAUUAGUCCAAAGUUUAGAACAGCUCUCAGCAUCCAUUGAGCACUUGCAUUCUGAUGGUAACUUUAGUACAACUAGCAGCAAUAAAUAGAUAAAUUUUAGACCUACAUUGCAAAGUAAAUUCACUUAUACUUUUUUGUUGAAAAAUACAUCUCUGAUCAUGAGUAAAGAGAUGAUGCAAAAAGUAAUGCAGACUUAGUACUAUUUUUAAAUUUUACGUGGGGAAUUUAACAUCAUCCUCAACAGGGGUCAAGGAAAAAGGUUUCUGCUGUAGUGUAAAUGUAAUCAAUAAUUUAGUGAUCUUUUAUGCAGCAUGUCAAUGACAUAUGGGUGAAUCAACUUUUUCUUGUCACUCAUUGCCAUGGGCUAUGUUAUUCUGGGUCACUCUUGCGUGAGCGUGAUUAUAAGGCAUUCAAUUUGAAAUCAACUUUAUCGAAAACCAACAAUGUGAUAAUAACCUUUAAUUGAGAAUGUCACAAAUACGCUUAUUGUGAGUUAUAAAUCCUUUCCAUCAAGGGCCAUCUACAAAGCGUCUUAAUUUCAGUGUCUCUUAACCUUUUAACUACCAUAGACUGAUAUAUAUAUAUAUAAGACAUACAAAAUCAGGCUCAUUUUGCCCCAGUCUGAUAGUGAUAAAAUAUCUAGGAGACCCAGCUUUGCUUGGAAACCAUAUAAAAUGACGACAGCGGCACCAUCAAUGAAAAAUUCAAUGGUGGUUAAAUGGUUAUACUAGUUAACUUUUAUCCGCGUUAUAAAUUAAUGUUAUUUAUGAUUUUAUAUAGUAAUCACCAAGACUAUUGAAGUAGCUUUUAGAAUUUGCUAGUUGAUAGCAAAUUAGGAUGAUAGGCAGUAAAUAAUUAGAAUUUGUAUCUUGAAUCGACAAUAUUAUAUUAAAUAGGUAAAAUCUCUUUCAUCCUCACAAGUUUAGAAAGGGGUUUCUAUUUCAUCUCUUGUAUAAAUAGAUAGACUUUGCAACCCCAUUCAGGUAUGGUAAAAGAGAUUUCUUUUCCCAUACCUGAAUGGGGUUGCAAAGUCUAUCUAUUCAGAUUCAACAUUUCUUUUUACUGGUGUUUAUUUCUUCAUUGGGGUGAUUUAGAUCAAAAUAACAGGUACAAUACUUUUUUGUUAUUAUCCAAAAACUUAUUAUCCGUUUUGUCAGAGUAAUUUUCAAAAGUUAUUUCGGACAUCCUAUACAGGUAUAGUCAAAGAAUUUAAUUUCUGACCCUUUUCAUACCUUGUCACAGUUACAAUCAAUAUGAAAGUCGUUAUAGAUCUCAUACUAUCAAUAAUUGUCAGUGUGACAAAGUAUAAAAUGGGUAGGAAAUGAAAUUCAUUGACUGUUAAAUUCUUCGUCUGUGACUUAUUUUUUACUUAGGCGAUAAUUGAAAAGUAUAUUAUAUUUUAAUCCCAUUUAUUAUGUAUUUAUGUAAUCAUCGAUUGUUUUUGUUCUGUAAUUAAUAAUUAUAACAUAAAUCUUAGGUUUCUUAGGUAGUGGUGGGUUUUCUAAAAUCUUGUUCUUGUACAUUUUAAAUUAUUUAAAUUAAAGCUUAAUAAUCAUAGAUCAUAGUAUAAUAAUGGUGGGCUCUAAAAUGUUGUAAAGUGUAUGUAGUUAGUACUAGUUACGGUAUUUUGCCAUGUUAUUGAAUAUGCUAUAAUUCGAAUUGUAAUUAAUCAACUAAUCAUAUUAAAUUAAAUAUGUUAAUUAAAUCUAGAAUCUGCCCAAAUUGAGUAUUUAUUCGUCAUAUCAUAAGUACUGUCAGCGUUAUAUAUAUGAUGUCAUCAAAAAUGUCACGGCUUGUUUGGAGACUGUUAAAGAGUCAAACUCUUAUAAAUAUAUGUAACGCUGACUGUACCAGUGGAAAUUAACUAUCUUGCUUCUAGAAUACAUUAUAUUAUUUGUGUUGUACAUAACUGAACACCAACACUAGAUUUUUAUCAGUUACAUCACCCUCUGUACGGGCACACAACUAAGUUAGAAUAACUAAGGCUUUCAGCUACAGACAAAUAGAUUGGACGAAUAGUGGUCAAGUAAUUAUAAGUACAGAUUAGCAAGUUGCGGAAUACCUGAUAAAAUUUAGUUCAGCAGUUUUAACACAUUCACUGCCAAGAACACGUAUAGGUGUUCAUUUUGUAUUAGAAAUUGAGCGCUUGGCACUGAAAGCGUGCAAUACCUUCAUUGCGUUUGUUGUGCAAGUCUUAAUUAAUUCAAAUUAAACAAUAACAACGUGUAAUAAAUAUAUUACUCAAUAAUGAAA